GAAGAAGAUAGAAUAGAAUAGAAGAAGAGGUGAGAGAAGGACCAAUGUUAACAGCGUUUGCAGUCAACGCGCGUUCUCAGAUUUUCGCUUUCCCAGCGAUCAGUUUCCGCCUCCGUAUAAAUACCUUACGUCAAUCUUCUUCUUCUCUUCUCCUCCUCAACAAAACCUUCUCCAAUCAACGACCCGAGUCUCGCCCUCGUUCUUCUUCUUCUUCUUCCAGUCCAAUCUCUGCGACCAUGGGAUCUUCCAAGGACCGACUUCAGUAUCCUUCAGCUCGGCGUGAUGACUCCGUCGUCGAGGAUUAUCACGGCCUCAAGAUCAAAGAUCCCUAUCGUUGGUUAGAGGAUCCUGACGCUGAAGAAGUGAAGGAGUUUGUGCAAAACCAAGUCAGACUUACAGAUUCCGUUCUCGAAAACUGCGAAACUAAAGAGAAGCUCCGACACAAUAUAACAUCCCUUAUCGAUCAUCCACGCUACGGUUCACCGUUCAGACGAGGGGACAGGUUCUUUUACUUCCACAACACCGGUCUACAAGCACACAGUGUGCUGUACAUGCAGGGUGAUUUAGAAGCUGAGCCUGAGGUCUUGCUUGAUCCCAACACUCUUAGCGAUGAUGGGACAGUGUCCUUAAACACGCUUUCUAUCAGCGAGGAUGCUAAGUACUUGGCCUAUGGUCUUAGCUCAAGUGGUAGUGACUGGGUGACGAUUAAGGUGAUCAAGAUCGAGGAUAAGAAAGUGGAGCCUGAUACUUUAUCAUGGGUUAAGUUCAGUGGGAUUACAUGGACGCAUGAUACUAAAGGAUUUUUCUACGGUCGUUACCCUGCCCCCAAGGAUGGAGAGGGUAUUGAUGCUGGUACAGAGACUAAUUCGAAUCUUUAUCAUGAGAUGUACUACCAUUUCCUUGGGACAGAUCAGUCUCAAGAUAUCUUAUGCUGGAGAGAUCAUGAGAAUCCCAAGUAUAUGUUCGGAGCUGAAGUCACCGAUGAUGGGAAGUACCUAAUCAUGAGCAUUGGAGAGGGUUGUGACCCUGUCAACAAAUUAUACUACUGCGACCUUUCUUCACUUUCAGGAGGUCUUGAGAGUUUCAGAGGAAGCAGCACUUUUCUUCCUUUCACUAAGCUUAUUGACUCAUUCGACGCGCAAUAUAUUGUUAUCUCAAAUGAUGAGACUCUGUUCACUUUCUUGACAAAUAAAGACGCCCCUAAGUACAAAUUAGUUCGAGUUGAUCUAAAGGAACCGACUAGUUGGACUGAUGUUAUUGAAGAACACGAGAAGGAUGUCCUGGAAUCAGCGUGUGUAGUCAAUGGGAAUCGACUGGUCGUAUGCUAUAUGAGCGACGUCAAGCACAUUCUGCAAAUUAGGGACUUGGAAUCUGGUUCUUUGCUUCACCAGUUAGAUGUGGAUAUUGGUUCAGUAUCUGAUGUUUCUGCUCGGCGCAAGGACAAUGCCUUCUUCUUUAGCUUUACUAGCUACCUCACUCCCGGUGUGAUUUACAAGUGUGACUUAGCUAAUGGAUCUCCUGAAGUUAAGGUAUUUAGGGAGGUUGAUGUACCUGGAUUUGAUAGAGAAGCAUUUCAAGCCACUCAGGUAUUCUAUCCCAGCAAGGAUGGAACAAAGAUACCAAUGUUUAUCGUGGCGAAGAAGGGUAUCAAGCUAGAUGGAUCACACCCAUGUUUGCUGUACGCAUAUGGUGGGUUCAACAUAAGUAUAACACCAUCUUUCAGUGCGAGUCGCAUUGUGCUUAGCAAACAUCUAGGUGUUGUUUUCUGCUUUGCGAACAUUAGAGGUGGUGGGGAGUACGGUGAGGAAUGGCACAAAGCGGGUUCACUUGCCAAAAAACAGAACUGCUUCGACGACUUCAUAGCUGGGGCAGAGUAUCUCGUGUCCGCUGGUUAUACACAACCGAGUAAGCUUUGUAUUGAAGGUGGGAGUAAUGGUGGACUCCUGAUCGGUGCUUGUAUAAACCAGAGACCAGACCUUUUUGGUUGUGCUUUGGCUCACGUGGGUGUUAUGGAUAUGCUACGGUUUCACAAGUUUACCAUAGGCCAUGCGUGGACUUCUGACUACGGUUGCUCCGAGAAUGAAAAGGAGUUCCAUUGGCUUAUAAAGUACUCGCCUCUGCACAAUGUGAAGAGACCAUGGGAGCAACAAACUGGUAGUUUAGUUCAGUACCCAUCAACCAUGUUACUGACAGCUGAUCAUGAUGACAGAGUUGUGCCACUUCACUCUUUGAAGUUGCUUGCGACGAUGCAGCACGUGCUGUGCACAAGCUUAGAGAAUAGUCCACAGACGAACCCCAUAAUCGGUCGCAUAGAAGUUAAGGCCGGCCACGGAGCUGGUCGCCCAACACAAAAGAUUAUUGAUGAAGCGGCGGAUCGGUAUUCGUUCAUGGCAAAGAUGGUCAAUGCUUCAUGGACUGAGUAAAAAAACAUUAGUUACUCCUUGCCUACAUGCAGGAACAUAUAUCUUUCUCAAUUUUUUGUGUCCAAAACAAGGGCUUUUUAUGAGUUACAUACAAACAAAGUUGGGCACAAUGUUUCUUUCAUGCUCUAUGAUUCAGUUCUUUGAGAGUAAA